GUUUGGACUGCUGUAUGGAGAAAUAUCAAUCUAAAAUAUAUAUUUCGGUCAACGGAGGUGUCCAAAUUUGAGUAAUGUCCAAAUCGAAAAUCAACGUAUAUUUUUUCACCAACGGCCAACCGUUGAAGCCGCCACAUAAAAUAGUAAUCGACCGGAAGAAGUUAAGGGAUAAUAAGGUGGUAGAACGUGUAAAUCGAUUACACUAUUACAAUGGAUUUAUUGUUUACACCUUGUUUGGCGAACUAUUGCGUUCUACUAAAGAAAUUCACAAUCAUUCGGCGUUCGUGGUGGUUCCCCGUGAUCGAUGUUUCCUACCGGGGCCUUAUCUGAAAGCUUUCCGAGAAUAUGUGGAUGAGAAAUUACCGUCUCUUAUCGAUAAGAAAAAACUAAGCAAAACCAAAAAAUCGACUACAAAACCGAAGGAAUCAACCUCUGGUAAAAGAACGCCAACAGCUCGGUUAAAGAAAGACGCACGUGUUUGUCCCGGUUGCCGGCAUGUACCAGUUGAUGCACGUUGUAAACAUUUUGGCGUUGCAAGCGCUCGAACAACCGCUGGAUCCUGUGGGUGCCAAGCAGUUGAUCCGCAAGGUAUUUGUGCUCCAUCAAGGCGGGAUUCACCCAAACAUAAAGCCAAACGAAAGAAAAGUGGCUCUGGUUUGUGGGGUUGCCUUCGUAAAAAACAGAUCAAAAAAGAACCAGCAGUUCGCUUAAGAAAAAUGGAUUUAAAGCGAUUGGAACAGCAAAAAGCAAAAAAAGAACAAAGACCCAAAAGUCGACAAGGAUCAGCCUGUUGCGGCAAAAAGCCAACACGUACAGAAUAUUAUAGAAACAUGCGCGAAAAAAUGAUUAAGCAGCGGAACCAACGGAUUGUACAUGAAGAGAAACGCAAAAUUAAAGAAGCUAGGACUAUUCAAAAACGCAUCAAAAGUAAACGACGGAAUCGUUUGCUAAUGGUACGCUUCUGUCCGUGCUGCGUAAAAAAGCCUCUGCCGGUCUUAAGACCACCGCCACCGCACAACUGUGUAGUCCAAAACCUGGUCCGAUAUGAAGCUUGUCGUCGUCGUCAAGCUCAACGAACCGCUGAACAAUUAUCUUGGGAAAGCAUUACUGUACCACCAAUGAAGAAGAAGAGAAUACGUGGAACUCAAACAACCAAAGAAGACUUGAAGCAAGCUAGAAAAACCACCAAUGGUAGAUGGAAAUGGUGUGGAGCGAAGAAGAAAACCCAAGGUGUAGAGAACGCACCUGAGCCUAAAGGGGGUAAAUCUGACGAAGUAGACCUAGACCAUCAACCAGGAGACAUUGAUAAGGAAACAAGUGCGCUACUCUUGUCAUCCCGUAUCCCAUCGCUACUAUCACUCACCGACGAUCCGUCUAAACUUCCGUCAGAGUCUUACAGUCUGGCAAACGAAGAACCUGCACCUGCUGACGAUAAACUCGUACCUGUUGCAGAAAAAUCAAAAGAACCGCAUUCUCAAACCCCUUCAGUAACUAAAGUUAUGUUUUCAUCUGCUUCCCUAAGUGAACAUGACAUUCCUUCUUCUAAAGAGUAA